AUGUUUGAGCUGAUUAUAGUGUUGAAUAAUUGUAUUGCUGAUUAUACCUCGGUGUCACCAAAUGCUUCAGGAGGCCACAUCAACCCGGCAGUGACAACGGCCUUUUGUGUCCUUGGCAAAACCAGCUGGCUUCGGCUUCCUGUCUACUGGUUUGGUCAGUACUUUGGUGCAGCCGUUGGUGCAUUGGUCGUUUACAGCAUUUAUAUCGAUUCUUUAAACGUUCAUGACAAAGGACUUCGUGUAAUCUUGGGCCCGAACGGAACCGCUGGAAUCUUUGCCAGUUACCGGGCAGAGUACUUGAGUACCGUAGGCGGAGUCGUUGAUCAGAUUUUUGGAACCGGAUUUCUGAUGCUGUGUAUUAUGGCCGUUACCGACGUCCGUAACGCGAAUGUGCCGAGGCAUCUCGUUCCGUUGCUCAUCGGUCUGUCGGUGACCGUUAUUGGAAUGGCAUAUGGCGCCAACUGUGGCUACCCGAUCAACCCGGCCAGGGAUUUUGGGCCUCGAUUAGUGACCGCAAUUGCUGGCUGGGGUUUUGAUACAUUCAGAGUUCAAAACUACUGGUUUUGGGUCCCUCUCGUUGCUCCUCACAUUGGUGCCAUUUUGGGAGCGUUUCUGUAUGAAUUCUGUAUUGGAAUACAUUGGCCACAGGAGCAUCAAAUAACUCAGGACAGUGCUCGCCGUCCGGGCACGAAAGUUAUCGUUCCAGUGGAAAAGUACGAAAGAUCCGAAGCUAUGUGA